GAGGCGGGGGCUCGCCGCGGGGGGAGGCGAGGCGCGGAGGGCCGGGGGCACUUCCCCGCCUCGGGAGGCGGCUCCGGCGGGGUCCCGGGGGCAGCGCUGCGGAGGGCUUCCCGGAAGGGGGAAUUGGAUUAAUUAUUGUAGUUUUUAAGGGGGGGGUUGAUUCGCCUCCCCCCCCCCCCCCCGUGGAGAAUUGGCGCCUGGAGGAGGCGGCGGUGGCAGCGCUACCGGAGGGGCCCCUGUGCGCGGUGCUCCCCCUUCCCCCCCCACCCCAGCUUGGCUUCGCUCCUGGAGGAGUUGUUCGGGGCUUUUUUUUGUUUGUUUUGUUUUUGUUGUUUUUUUUUUUAAAUACAAAUCUGCAUAUUGAUUUUUAAACAAACAAACAAAUCCCCCCACACCCGCACACAAGCCUGCCUCUGGGAGGGAAAUAGCCAGGUGAAAUCUCACUCUGUUUCCAUGGACAACCCGUCCAUUAUCACCCAGGUGACUAACCCCAAAGAGGAGGAGAUCCUGUCCUGCACUCAGGAUAAAGUGUCCCAAUGUAAUAUCAGCUUGAAGAAGCAGAGGAGUCGAAGUAUCUUUAGCACCUUAUUCUGCUGCUUUCGUGACUACAAUGUCGAACCACCAUCUACCAAUAGCACCAGUGCUCUUCCUCCUUUGGUGGAGGAGAAUGGAGGACUUCAGAAGGGUGACCAGAUGCAGGUCAUGCCUAUACCAAGUGGAAUAUACUAUUUCCACGGGACUGAAGCAGUGCAGCAGUCGUUUCACUACAAGCCACCAGCUAAAUACCUCCUGCCAGAACUGACAGCAUCAGACUAUGGGAAGAAGUGUGUGGUCAUUGAUUUAGAUGAAACUUUAGUGCACAGUUCAUUUAAGCCAAUUAGCAAUGCUGAUUUCAUCGUUCCUGUUGAAAUUGAUGGAACCAUACAUCAGGUUUAUGUAUUGAAACGACCACAUGUGGAUGAGUUUCUUCAGAGGAUGGGAGAGCUCUUUGAAUGUGUACUCUUCACAGCCAGUCUAGCCAAGUAUGCAGACCCAGUAGCCGACUUACUGGAUCGCUGGGGUGUGUUCAGGGCAAGGCUCUUUAGAGAAUCCUGUGUUUUCCACCGAGGAAAUUAUGUGAAGGAUCUCAGUCGACUGGGACGUGAGCUGAGUAAAGUUAUUAUAGUAGAUAAUUCUCCUGCAUCUUACAUCUUCCAUCCUGAAAAUGCAGUGCCUGUGCAGUCCUGGUUUGAUGACAUGACAGACACAGAGCUGCUAGAUCUUAUUCCUUUCUUUGAAGGACUAAGCAAAGAGGAAGAAGUUUACAGUAUGCUUCAUAAACUCUGCAACAGGUAGCCCUUAACUUUGACUGACUUCUGCUACUAGAUUGCAGUUGCUAGAGGCUGUCUCCAUCUUUUUCAGCUCUUUCAAAUGUAAGCUUUGGGGAGGUCACCCCUGUCAGAAGUGCUACUCUUGAUCUUCCUGUUACGUUGGACACGAAGGACAAUCAUGAGUGAUGCUCUUAAGCCUUCAGAAACCUGACUCCUAAGGUCAUGUGUUCAGACUACUUUUUUAAAGGAAAAAAAAAAAAAGCUAUUUUAAAUGGGACUCUUUUAACGAAUUUCAUAAACGGACAUCUUUUACUGGAUCAGCUUUUCUUAAAACAUGCCAAAAAAGAAGCUUGUAUUUCAGCAGUUGAAUUUCUCUCCCUUUCUUCCCCUCCCACUAUGCAGACAAUUUUACCCCCCUGCUUAGAGCAGUUGACCUGACUCUGAAUUUUUUCUUACAGAAUGAAGUGCCUUUUUGAAUGUUAUUUUAAGAUAAAAAUUCAUUUUUGUAUAAGACGUAUUUCCAGACAUCUUUUAGUCUUGUAUUGUCUAAAUGCUUUAAAAGGAAAAAGGAAAAAAUUUUAUAGAGCACUGUAAUAUAUAACAAAGGAAAAAGUGGAAACAAAGAUGCUGGGUUCCUGUCUCCACAAUGACAUUGUGUUACAUUUUGUCAUGCUCAGAAGGUUUAAGCGUUUCUGGGAGGGGUGAUUUGGGUUGAUUACAUGGUUGUUUCACUGAUACGAUUUUGGGCACAGUUUUGAACAUAUCUGCAGUUGUUUGAGCAUUAGGGAAUGAUGGAAUGGAGAAGAAGGUGGCUAAUAGAUCUAAAGCGCCUUUUCUUCUAGACGAAGUUCUGUUGUCUCUGCUUACGCACAACUGCCAUGCCUCUCGUUUUUUGGAAAACCAUUAUCUUGGGAGAAUGGGGAGGAGGUCUAUUUAUUAGUUUAAGAUUCUUUUCUUUAAAAAACCCAUCUGGGUAAGCUGGAUCUGUAUUGAGCUGUUUGGAGUACUUUUUUCUUUUAAUUGCUGCUACUGUAUACUCACCAAAUGGAGUUGACCAUCGGCUGUUAUACUGUUUUUGCCACUGUGCCUGUGCUAUGAAACAUUUUCUGUAAGCUGCAGACUUGGGCAAUAAAUAAAAUGCAGGCUUCGUAACCCACCCCUAUGUAUUAAUCCUACAGUAUCUGAUAUACCAGAGAACUCAGUUAAAGGUGACCUGCAAAGGAUUUUUUUUUUUUUUAUAUAUAUAGAUAUAUAAUCUUUUUUUUUUCAAUUGGGAUGAAGCCCACUCAUUUUUUUGGUACAUAAAAAUGCAAAAAGUAUUUUUCCCACAUCUCUGAUUUGUAUUUCUUCCUCAAGGUGUAAGGUACAGAUCGGGAGCUUUCUCAAGUCUUACUAGAAGGGCAGAAGUUACUAGCCUAGACUAAAUGUGGUUGUAUGGCUUUGGAGUUGAGCAAGUUCUAUCUCUGAAUCUGAGAACCUGCUUAGCAUCUUCUCUAGUGUCACAGGUACCCUUCCAAAAGAAUAACUUUUAAAUAUUGUAAGCCUUUGAAGAACAAGGCACGCCUUUUUUUUUUUCUCCUUUCCAGCGUCACCUUUUAAUUAUUUUCCGCACCAGAAAUCUACAAACAUAAAAAUUACGGCUGUGUUUGGCUGUCGUCCGAGAAAGCCAAAUGGAGUAGUUGGUGCUUCUAAUUAGCCUUGUGCUAAAUUCUGAAUAGUAGAUCCCUUUGCCUUUGCUAUUUUUCUUGAAAAGUCUUGACGACUUGGAAGAAACCUUUUGCGACGGACUUGGAUUGCCAUCCUUGUCCAAAACAUUGGUGAAGCAGCUUAACAAAUUCAUUCAUAGAGGGGCAGGCCAGCCUACGCAGGUCAGUGAGCAGAUUGUCGUAGGUGCAGUAUAAGACUGAAAGAUGACUUGCCCCCGUGCAGCGCAGCUGUGCGCCAGCCGCUCGCUCUUCCCGUAGCGAGGGACGUUAGAGGCAGUCCCGUGACACUCGUGAGUCUGUACGGCAUCACCGUUUUGUUUUCUUACCAGCUGGCAUUACCUUAGUACUGUAUAAUUCUGUGCCACAACAAAACACAAAACUGUCAAAUUUUAAAACCUACAUUGUUUUAAAAAAAUGAAAAUUAAAAAAAAAAGGACGUAUGGAUUCUGGUUAGUCCAUUAACGUUUACUUUCGGUUUGAGAGAGUUUAAUUUUGUAUUUGACUUCAGAGUAAUGAAACUGUAAGCUGCCAAAAAAGUUGUUCUCUGAGCAGUAUUUUCAACUGUGUCUGUAGCUUCUAGGCUUCAAAUACAGUUUGCAGGGAAGUAUUCAGGUUGUAGUUAGUUGUGCAGGUAUGAUAGGAAUGGCUGAAAAAAUUCAAAGACUUUCUCGCUAGCAUUAGACCAAACAAUCUUCCAAUUAGACAAUAAAUAACCCCACAGAGACAUUACCAUUUAAUGGUUGUGACCUGUUGUAUGUGAGACGAACCAUGUCAUUAGUUUGCAUUUAAGAAAGCAGCGAUUUCAUGAACCAGUUGCCUUAAGUCUGUGAAUGAAUGUUGAUUAUUAAAGUGUCUUGCAUUGUUUUAAAAUCCACAUAUAAUGGACAACUGAACUUCUGCACCAGCUUCUGGAAGAACGGUUCUGAUGAUGUUCUGUACAGCCAUACUUGUUCUGUUUUGUUUAUUUUGGCUCUUGAAAUCCACAAAUUUUAAAAAAAAAAAAAAAGAAACAGCAACAACUUAUUUUAACUUAGUAUAGCAUUAAAAUGACACUUGGUGACAAAACAAAGGUGAAGAACUUAGCAACAGCUUUGAUCUCUGCUGGUAUCUCAAGAAUAUUUUCUAUAACUUCUGGUGAAAUUUUGGGGGUUUUUAACUCAUUCCCGUUGAAAUAAACCUUGGAGUGCUCUGCAGUCAGGUGUGGCCUGCCCUGGGUAUGCAGAUUUGGCCAGAGGGAUCAAACCGGCGUAGUCGUUUAUUUUGACACUGUCGUCAUACUUGAAAUUUCAAGUUUUAAGUUUGCGUGAAUACACAUACGCUAUAUACUUAGAGUUUCUAGAUUUUAACAAAGCAAUAUAGGUCUGUCCAUAAAGUCAGAUAACGAGUGGAAUGUGUGUAAAAUCUGCAAUACGGGUAUUUGAUUGUAUUUUAAAUACAAGAUUUUAAAAAUUAAAAUAGAAAAAAAAGAACUUGUUUCCUAAAUCUCUUGCAUAUUUUGAAGCGCAGUUAAUGCCUGCAGGUCACCAGGGCUGUGACAGACCCUGGGUGUCAGUUCUAUUUCCAGAUACUACAGAAGUCUUUUAAGAGGUCUUUUCCAGUUGGUCUUUCUGUUCAGCUAAAGAAAUGCUCCCUGGCCUGAGGUUCUGUUGUCCUUUUUAUGUCGGGUUAAAAAAGGUUUUUUGCCUGUAUAGGUAUUUUUAAAUUAAGCUGUAAGGCAGAAUGCCUUAGAUUCUUGAAAUUCAACUGAAGUGUUACGAUUAAAUUGCCAUUUGUAAACUAGGGCUGUGCGCAGAGUACUUGUGAACCACCAGGAAGCGUGGCAGGUUUUGGAUGGAAGAUGGUAGCAGAUGUACGAUAUUGCUGUGUUCAUUUAGGUAGCUUCGGAAGAAUAAUUUGUCUAUUUGUUUUGCCCUUUAAUCUUUUUUUAAACAGCAAAGUUAUACAUGGAAGAAACUCAACACCUGAAGAGAUUUGGUUAUCAGUGUAUGCAAUCACUUUAUCACAGCAUGAUUUUGAUUAGACUGGUUGGGGACAAUAAAGUAUCUAAAUGACACUGGUGUGUACUGAUGUUGGAGCUUUUGAAAUGUCAGUGUAAAAAAGAAAAAUAAGAAAAAAUCUGUAGCUAUAUAAUUUACAAACACGUAAUCCUAUGUUUUACAGAUUCUUUUUAAACUAAUAAAACACAGUGCCGCACAGCCCUAUUUGUAAAACAAAACCAAGUUUGUGCCUCUGAUUUCCAAGGUGCUGUGAUGUUACGCCUUUGUGGGGCGAGGAGGGCAGGUGAGGCUUGCGUGGGGCGAUGGCUUAGAGAUCUCUGGGCUAACUAUGCAAAACCAGCUGUCAGUUUUCUGUUUUCACGUGAUAUUGUAAAAAAUCCAGCUGACUUUUUUUCUUUCUUGUUAAAGAUCUAUCGGGAAGUUCUUAGCAGAGGAGUAAGCAAUGGAAAUGUUUCUUUUUUCUUUUUUUUUUUUCCUAAUAAUGGAGCUGUUUACACUUUAAUGCAAUGAACAAUCCAGCGAUACUUGAGAAACACUACAGAUACCAUAUGAGUGUUUUCAGGAGAGAGGAGUGUUGUCAAUCAGGUAUUGAAUGGUUUCUUUACUGUCACAAAUAAAAAAUUUUAACAAUAUAGUUACUUGUGCAUGUAAUACUUCUCUGGGAAAAAAGAAUUUCUGCACUUCCCCUUCAGUAAUAGUCACUGCCCUAAUUUGACAGGGACUUUAUUCCUGCUAAUGCACAUCCGUGUUAGGUAGUCACCUCACCCAUCUCUCUUCCACUCUCCUCCCCCUCUCCUCUUUAAGUCAUGUAUAGGACUCCUUAUUGACUGCCCUGGCACCUGCUUGUGCAAACAGAGCUGAUGAACUACUGAUGAACUCUGCGAAAUAAAUUGGUGGUGACUCUGGCAGAUGUUCCAGCUAUUUAGAUCUCUUGGAUGAGAUCAUACAAUAAUUUGUUCAAGUCUCAAAGCUGUGUGACUUCUUUUGAAGGGCUUACUUCAGCUACUUGAAUAGCUGUUCUUAACAUCACUGCCAUAUCCAAAUGAAUAUCUGAAUAAAACACUUUAUUGGGUUGGAAAGUCUAUUUCAGGACUUUUUAUCUGACACACUAAGACUUAGGCAGAGCCUUCCUUUCUAGGAAAAGGCACAUAUUAUCAGCGCUUUAUGAGCAGAAAACCUCAGGCCUGUUAGAAUAAGCAGCUGGCUCAAGGUAGCACAUUAGUUGAAUUAAAAAUAUUUUUUAGUUAUUCCUGUGGUCGGUUGGAACGACCUCGACUGCCUUUCCUUUGUACUGGUGGGUGGAGUUUUUGAUUUAUUUCUUUUUUUAAGGUUUUUGGGGUUCGGGGUUUUUUUUAUUCUUUAUUUUUACCAAUCUCUUUAGCUGCUACUUAGGAUAAAGAUGCCUUUCUUUCACUCAGCAAAACAAGCAUUUCAAAAUUCAUAAAAACAGCUCAUUUAUAGUGGUGAGAAAGAUACUGUUGUUCUACCCUGGCUGAUUGAAAGUAAGUGUUUGCUAAAUCGAAUGCACCAUAGUCUAUAAAUGCACCUCUGUGCAUAUGCCUUCCGAUUUUUUUUUCUUUCCCUUUUUUAUCGCGUUCUGACUCAGAAGGCAAGCCAACCGCUCCGAAAUUCCCUGCAAGAUGGGAUGGGGCUCUCCCAGGUGGGCUGCAGCUCCGGGGGGCCCCACAGCCUCCCGCAGUGUUGCUGGCACGCGACCUCGGCCAGCCAGAGUUCCUCCGGCGCAGCCGUGCUGGCAGCAGGAGGCCAGGCGAAGUUCUCCUGGAUUCCUGUUGGUUCUGCUGGAGCUCCUGGAAAAAAAUAAAUGACCUUUGGGGAAUAUAUUGCUUUUGACAGGUUGGCAAACUCAAACUUGAAAAGCUUCCAGGCGUGUUUUGUUCAAAGCCUUCUGCGGUGCCGUUUCAAAGGGAGCUGCGCUGAGGAGCAGGUUGUCCUGUAAUUGCUUAACGCCACGUUAAUCAGCAUUUCUGAAGCACAGGACAUACACUAACGUCUUGGACUUAACAGAGAUUGAUUUGACUCGGUGAAGUAGGUCUGCGUCUGCAAUUACGCACCUUCCCAAACAGCUGUUUUAAAAGGUUAGAUUUGGGCAUCGCUUAAAUCGGCAACAGGCUGCAUUUUUGAGGCGGGGGCUGUGUUCGCUUAGCUGCGUCCCCCGGGCCUCGGCGGAGCCUGUGCUGCAGCCGUACCUCCCGCCGCUCCGCUCUCCGCGACCGGCAUCGUUCCGUUUUGCAACCGCCUUUCCAUUCGGUGACGUCGGCGCGUUCCACCAGGACGUAAAUUGCAGGAAAACGCUGGACAAAGAAACGAAACGCAGCUGGCCCCCGUCGGCCGUAGCCACCGUCUCGGGCUGGACUCAGCGAGGGCAAGGCUGUUGCUACUUGAAGGCGAACGGAGGAGUCACCGUUCAGGCAGAAACGUGUCACCCCCUCCGAGAACCGCUGCUCUUCCUGGUAACGGGGGUUGAUCGUUUUGGUCAUACAAAGGCAAGGUUACCCCACCUAGGAGCUGCCAGCACUUCAAUAAACGUUGCGCUCGAAGAGUCUGAGGGGCGUUGGAGGAGCUGCUGGCUUGACGACGGGUUGUUUUCUUUGUCAGAUUUUAAUGAGCUUUUGUGAUAAAAACCAAAUUUCUUUACAGUGUAACUUUGUGAUUUUUUUUUUCAUGCUUUGAUUCAGUUUGACAAUAAACAAUCUGUGUUAUUUUUUUCA